AUGAUGGCUGAAAACUUCCCUAAUCUGGCCAAGAAACCAGACAACCAAGUCCAGAAAGCAGCGAGUCCCAAACAAGAUGUCCCCAAAGAGACCCACACCAAGACACAGUUAAAAUGUGCUGACAACAUUCUGAUUCCUGUUCUAAGUGCAGGUGUGAGCCUUGCUAGCCCUUCCCCCAGGAGACUGUUGCAGUUGGCCAGCCCCUGCUCCUUGAUAACUGUGUGUGAUGGAAAGGCCAUGAUCAAGAAUGCUGAUAUAUCGGAGGAGAUGCAACAGGACUCGGUGGAGUGUGCUACUCAGGCAUUGGAGAAAUAUAAUAUAGAGAAGGACACUGUGGCCCAUACCAAAAAGGAGUUUGACAAGAAGUACAACCCCACCUGGCACUGCACUGUGGGGAGGAAUUUCAUCAGUUAUGUGACACAUGAAACCAAACACUUCAUCUACUUCUACCUGGACCAAGUGGCCAUUCUCCUGUUCAAAUCUGGUUAAAAGCAUGGACUGUGCUACACACCCAG